AUGCCAGACCUCACCUUGCAAGAGAUUGAGGAGAAGGUGAUGGCGGCGAAGCCCUGGAAAGCGCCUGGUGAGGAUGGCCUUCCUGCGAUCGUGUGGAAGAAGCUCUGGCACGUGGUCAAGCACCGGGAGCGGAUCUACAAGGCCUGGAGAACGGGCAGAGUGCUCAGUCUCAUCAGCUUUGACGUCAAAGGCGCAUACAACGGAGUGUGCAAAGAGCGAAUGCUCGAAAGGAUGAAAGCCCGAGGCAUCCCGAACCUGGUGCAAAGACGGAUCAGUAACAAUGGCGGCUCCAUCGCCUUCAUGGACGAUUACUCUGCCUGGGUCACGGGGCCAACGGCAGAGUCAAACAUAGAUGAGAAGACAUCCGUCAUCCACUUCACACGCAUCGCGGAGCGCGACAGCGACCUGCCUCUCAUCAUCAAAGGAAACGAUGUCAAGCCGAAGAGCAACGUGAAGCUGUUGGGAGUCAUCAUGGACAAGGCGCUUCGCUUCAAAGAGCACAUCGCCAGAGCAGCCGCCAAGGCGACGGUGGCGCCAGCCAUGGACUAUGCCUCAAACGUGUGGUCGCACGCGUGCGGGGUGAAAGAAGCGGCGUGGAUUGGCAGGGCCCAGCGAAUCGGAGCCCAGGCUGUCACGGGAGGCUUUCGCACAGUGGCAACGGCAGUGGCCGAGGGCGAGGCCGGCGUGCAAUCGUUCCGAGAACGGCAUGCUCAAGCGGCAGCGAAAUUCUGGAUAAGGAUGCGGACGCUCCCGAAGACGCAUCCUCUGACAUCGUUGAGGCUCAAGCUGAACAGGAGGUAUGCGUCGCCAAUGCAGAAGCUCGCCUCGGCGAUGGGAAGACUAGAUACCAAACGCCUGGAAGUCAUCCAUGAGUUCGCACUGGCGCCGUGGGACGAACGAGUGCAGGCAACGUACGAGGCAGACCGAGCGGAGGUGCUGAAGUCGGAUGACCCGGAGGACAUCACUAUCGCGACGUCCAGCUCGCAAAGGAAAGGCAAGGUCGGGUUGGGAGGCGUCGUUCGGGAUGCUUCCCGCGACAGCGCAGACGAGGUGCUGGCCAGCUACUCCGUCACCCUUGGCUCCAGUGAUGAGCAGAAUGUCUACACAGCAGGACUCGAGGCUAUCGCCAUGGCCCUGAGCAACCGCUCUGUCCUGCAAGUCAUCGGGCGACCGCGGCAGCAGUCUGGCGAAAAGAGCGACGCGAGAUGA